AUGGAUCCAAGAGGAGGGAUCGAAGAGAGUACAAACAAAGAGGAGGUGCUUGGGGAGCGGCUGAAUGUAGCAGCGGGGCCAGAGUUAGAUCUCGAGUUCAAACAAAAGCAAAGCGUUGCUGCCGGCAACGACGACGAGAAAACUCGGGAUGGCUACAGCACGCCGACUUCUCCGAGGCAUAGAAUUCCGCUGCCUCUUCGGUGUCCUCCGGCGCCAAGGAAGCCUCCAUCCUCGCUGCGGUCGAAGAGGAAGAAGAAGAGAAGAAGCCAAGUGGAGGCGAAACAAGAGAAUGAGAUCUUCGGCGAUAAUUCGAGUCCGGUGGCCAAGAAGUCUAAGAACAUCCAGUGGACUGGAACUCAUACUACUUUAUGA